AUGUGCAAAGCCGUCAGACGGUUAUCCGUGCAGUUACUGCUGGUGCUGCUGGUGCUGCUGUUCGCGCGUGGCCACGAGGGCACGGACAUGCAGCUGCAGCACGAGAUCGAGCUCGAGCACCUGGGCCAAGCGACGAACGAGAUACCGCGCGAGGAGAAGGAGCUGGUGCGCGAGGACGUGGCCGAGCACGAGCGCAAGCUCAUGCUCGAGUGCCAGCACAGCGACUACAGGACGUACAUCAAGUGCCUGAAGCGCGACAAGAGGCAGCAGUUUCAUCGUGGCGAUCAGCAGCAGCAGCAGGGUCAGGGGAGGAGCUCGUGUCUGGACCAGUGCUUCCAGGUGAACUGCACGAGCUCGGCCUGCAUCAGGGACUGCCACUCGCACUGCCGCCAGAAGCUCAUCGAGACCUACAGCAAGACGAUCGAGACGUCGUACGACUGCCAGGACAACGAGUGCAAGGAGCGCGACGGCGACGUGGACGCCGUCAAGCACGCCAAUCACACCACCAUCGUCAACGUCAACAACAACAUCAAUCUGACGACGAGCAACUGCAGUUCCUCGGACAAGGACAAGUCGAGCAGGACGAUCGGCCACGGCUCCGGCCUCGACGACGGCGAAGCCGGCGGCGGCUCGCGUAGAAACUUCAGCGAGGCUCUGAUGCCCAAGAUCGAGCUCAACAACAUCAUUACCAAUCAGUUCGGUGGCGCUCCCGGUUCUUCCGGGGGAUACGGAUCGCCCGACGGUCCCUGCGCGUGUCCCGGUUGCAAUUGCGGCGGUUACAACCUGUGGCCGCAAAUACCUCAGAUAACGAUCGGCAUCGGCGGCGGCGGUGGCGGCGGUCCGAUGCAACCCGGCGGCUGCAUCGUUCCCAUGUCUUGGCCCUGCUUUCAACAGCGCUACCCGCUCCCCUAUCAGCAACAACCACAGCCGCAGCAACAGCAGCAGUCGCUGAUCGACUGCUCGCAGUGCGCCAAUCCCUUUCUGCGCUAUCAAUGCGAUCCCGCCUGCUACAGUGGCGGCGGCGUAGUCGACGUGAAAUACAACGUGACAGGAGCACCGGUGUCGAAUCCUUUACCCCAACAGCAGCAGCAGCAGCAGUCAUAUCCUAGACUGACCCCGAGAACGUGGAACAAUGGGAUUCGAUAG